AUGCCAACCGCUGAUAAACCCCACCGAAGAAGAAGAAGACCUGUGACAUAUCUGGGUUAUCAUUUCUGUCUAUACAUAAACUCUUUAGACGUGCCAGUCCUGUGAGAGAUUGAUUGUCAUUUGAUUUCAAUGGUUUUAUCGGGCUGAACCGUCAUUAGAAGUAUACCGGUUUUUGUUAAACUGUUAACGUUAGUGGCAUGCUUCUCACUGGCAGUGCUAGCGGUUGGCUAACAUAGCCAGCUAGCUAUCUAGUUGCCAUUCAUUGAUUCUGACUUUCUGUUUUUAUUUUCGUUAACUGGUUGGCGAGCUAACGUUUAUUAGCGUACUAGUUAGUCGAGAUAACUAGCUAGUUGCUUUGAUUAAGGCUAGCUAGCAAGGUUACUGAUUUAACUGCGACGAUGCUAUGGUCAGUUUAUGACAAGAUGUUGGACAACCAAAAACUAGCUACCUAGCUAAAGUUACAAUUAAAUAAUGGGAGGUUUAGUUGACUAAUUGUAUUUGAAGAAGUAAGCUAGAGGGAGCUAGUGGUUUAAAUGGCAAAAAUAGAACCAGGCAAUGGACUUAAGUCAGCAGAGUCCCGCAAAAGUUUGCGGGGCACGACAGAAAGUCUGGCACUGACAGAUGGAGAAGGCAACCUCUUCGGCUCGGACUCGGAACUAAAUGUCUAUACCAGUGAGAGACAGACGGAUAAAUAUGGAUUUAUUGGGGGUGCACAACAAUAUUCAGAACAAUCAGCUGAAAACAUCCCUCCUGAGGUGCUGAGGCAGAGGGAGGCCAAAUGGCUGGACAUGCUCAACAACUGGGACAAGUGGAUGGCAAAGAGACACAAGAAGAUGAAGCUGCGCUGUCAGAAGGGCAUACCCCCCUCUCUGAGAGGCCGGGCGUGGCUCUACCUGUCUGGAGGAAAGGUGAAGAGGGAGCAGCACAAGGGCAAAUUUGAGGAGCUGGACAGCCAGGCAGGAGACCCUAAGUGGGUGGAUGUGAUAGAGAGGGACCUCCACAGACAGUUCCCCUUCCAUGAGAUGUUUGUGGCAAGAGGAGGCCAUGGGCAGCAGGACCUCUACCGUGUCCUGAAGGCCUAUACUCUGCACCGGCCAGAGGAGGGUUACUGCCAGGCCCAGGCUCCCAUUGCUGCUGUGCUGCUAAUGCACAUGCCUGCUGAGGAUGCAUUCUGGGGUCUGGUCCAGAUCUGUGAGAAGUACCUUCCCGGAUACUACAGUGCAGGGCUGGAGGCGAUCCAGCUGGAUGGAGAGAUCCUGUUUACUCUGCUGAAGCGGGUGUCUCCUCUGGCUCACCGCCACCUGAAGAAGCACAAGCUGGACCCCAUCCUGUACAUGACGGAGUGGUUCAUGUGUGCCUUCUCCAGAACCCUGCCCUGGGUGUCCGUGCUGCGCGUCUGGGACAUGUUCCUCUGUGAGGGAGUGAAGAUCAUCUUCCGGGUGGGCCUGGUGUUGUUGAAGUGCAUGCUGGGCUCCCAGGACAAGCUGAAGGCGUGUCAGGGCCAGUAUGAGACUAUGGAGCUGCUAAAGACCAUAGAUACACGCUACAUGCAGGAGGGGUUUCUAGUGCGGGAGAUUCUAGAGCUGCCGGUGUCAGAGCGGGACAUUGAGAAGGAGCACCUGGCAUCAGUGCGGCGCUGGAAGGAGACCCGGGGUGAGUUGCACUGCAAGUCCCUUCCCAGAAUGCACGGUGCCAAGGCCAUCAUGGCUGCCGAGCCGCCCAGUCGCCAAGACUUGAGACAGAACCCCACCAUCAUAGUUGAGUCGCCCCUGGCAACCAAGAGCAAUGGGGAGGACAAGGAAAGGAAAAAUACCAAAGAGCAGAAGAAUGGGAAGAAAAACAGCUCUCCGACCCCAGUGGCAGCCUACCUUGAACCCAGCGAGCCCUCCCCCCUCAAAGACACAGCCCUGCUAGGCUCCAAUCAGAGCCUGAGCAGCACAGAGUAUGACACCUACCUGUAGCAGGUACGGAUAGCCAUGACACCUACCUGUAAGCCCGGUACGGAUAGCCAUGACACCUACCUGUAAGCCCGGUACGGAUAGCCAUGACACCUACCUGUAAGCCCGGUACGGAUAGCCAUGACACCUACCUGUAAGCCCGGUACGGAUAGCCAUGACACCUACCUGUAAGCCCGGUACGGUUAGCCAUGACACCUACCUGUAAGCCCGGUACGGAUAGCCAUGACACCUACCUGUAAGCCCGGUACGGAUAGCCAUGACACCUACCUGUAAGCCCGGUACGGAUAGCCAUGACACCCACCUGUAAGCCAUGACACCUACCUGUAAGCCCGGUACGGAUAGCCAUGACACCUACCUGUAAGCCCGGUACGGAUAGCCAUGACACCUACCUGUAAGCCCGGUACGGAUAGCCAUGACACCUACCUGUAAGCCCGGUACGGAUAGCCAUGACACCUACCUGUAAGCCCGGUACGGAUAGCCAUGACACCUACCUGUAAGCCCGGUACGGAUAGCCAUGACACCUACCUGUAAGCGGGUACGGAUAGCCAUGACACCUACCUGUAAGCGGGUACGGAUAGCCAUGACACCUACCUGUACGCGGGUACGGAUAGCCAUGACACCUACCUGUAAGCGGGUACGGAUAGCCAUGACACCUACCUGUACGCGGGUACGGAUAGCCAUGACACCUACCUGUAAGCGGGUACGGAUAGCCAUGACACCUACCUGUAAGCCCGGUACGGAUAGCCAUGACACCUACCUGUAAGCCCGGUACGGAUAGCCAUGACACCUACCUGUAGCGGGUACGGAUAGCCAUGACACCUACCUGUAAGCCCGGUA